UUCGGUUCAGCUUAGCCUUUUAGUCGUGAUUGCGCUACGUUCUAGUCAGGUUGGCGUUUCGAUUCGAUUUCAAUUUCUUCGAUUCUGGUCGUUCGCGUCGCUUACGUCUAAGAUUAAGUUUUUGUUGUUGUUUUUUUUUUAUGUCUGGUGUCUCCGAAUAGUCAUCGUUUCUUGGAACCGAUCGUGGAAUAGGCGGUUUUGUGGUUUUUAAUAAGUUGAUCGUCCUACAUUCGAAUGUUGGAGUUCCUGAAGCAGAUGAAUGCAGUUGAGUCAAAAUCUUGACUAACAAGCUUCUAGAGGUUAUUUGAUAAAAAGCAAUCUCCGGUAUAGUCAAACCGAUCAUGGAACGAUGUAAACAGUCAUGAAGCUGCUGAUGCGAGCUGCACCCUCUAGAGGAGAUCAAUCAAAGCCGCGCACAUUGAAUCACCUCACAGUCACAAGGUUAUCUUAGUUCGCGAAUCUUGGCUAAGUUUAUUUAACGGUGGUGGCAACUUGAACCAAGUCCCUUGAUGGCUCAGAGUUAGUACCUGCACUCUCGCUAAUCAAUAGUCUAGUCAUCUCAGGUCCACGCGAAGGAAUUCUCAGAUGAAUCAUCUUUAGAUAAACGAUCGACGAUUAGUCCUAAUUGGAUUUCUUAUGACAUAGAUAGUUUAACGGAAUCGAAUUCGCUCUAGGAAGCUGGAUCUGGAACGAGUAAACAAAUUCAUCGACCUCGAGAAGUGGGUGGAAUAGCAAAAUGUAAACAUUCGAAUUUUCCCGUUCCCGUUCGUGAAGAAUUUCAAGUUCACGCCCGCUUUUCCAUUGAGGCAGAAAACGUCGAAUCAUCAGCUGAUUGAUCAGCAGCAUCAUUGAAUGAUUCCCGGUAACAAAAGAACCAAUUAUCGGUUGCGAGAUUAAUUGAUUGGUGAGCUAAGACCUUGGCAGCCCUUCACGCUAAAAAGGCAAGAACUUACUUAGCCAUGCUCUUUGUGUAAAUGUAACGCUUUGUCGUACUAAAGAAGGGGCAAAACGGCUGCUGGAGGUAAAGGUGACAGAAUGCAUGUUAAUUUAGUCACUGUCAGCGAAUUCACCAGACUAUUUGGUUUAGCCGCCAUUAUCGACAGCUAGCAAUGCUACUUAUUAUUAUUUAAGCGCCUCACAAUGGCUCUGAACCGACUAAUCAAACUUUGCAUUCGAAGGCGCGCGGCGACGCUGAUUAGAUAGCGAAUGUCGCGGAUUGCGCAUCGAAUAAACGCAAACAAAUUCCCAGUAGGUCAAUUCCGAAGAAUUUCGUCCCAAUUUCGUGAUGGAAAAGCAAAAAUCUCGCGUUGCUCCGUCAUCAAGCUCGACACAGAACGUGCUCUCAACGGCUCUAGGCUUACCCGGAAACGGAGCCUGGAGCGAGAACGAGAGAGCGGAACAUCCAAAACCAGAUGACGGGAAACCCCCGCUAAGUGAAGACCCCUCGGAGCCGUUCCUCCGGAAGGAAAGUGAAAGUGAAUCUAGUGUUGAAAAUGAACUUCUCUGUUGUCCUCCGGUUUCGGCCAAGCCGAAGAUCUACUCAAUCGACCUGGAAAAGGGACAACCGGAUAAGAGAACUAGUAGAGCAAGUGAAUCUAGUAGUCAUAGGAAAAGUAAGCCUCGAUCACCCAACAAAAAAAAUAUCGGUGGAAAAGGAAAAUCUCAGUGCGAUGCCAAAGUGGUGGAUAAGUUUGUCCGGAAUAACCGGAAGCGGCGGAAACGGAAGGAUGCCAGGGCGGUGCUGGCGAAACUGUGUCAGUGCUGUCCGUGGACCGCACCGUGGAGUUUGCUGAUAGUUAGUGCAAUACAACAGCCAGCGCUGAGACGAACUGCCGCAGAGGGACAGCCAGCAGACGGAGGACCAUCAGCACAGAUACCAGCCAGCGAGAUGUACCAGAACAGCCAGAAGAUUCUGCCAGAGGUCAAGUCCAGGGAGGUACGUGGACUGACAUGGCCACUCUCGAUGCCUCCACGAGACACAAUACGGUUAAGCAAACAUGAGCUCAUGUCCGACUGCCGGGAGGAGUCCCAAAAUCCGCAGACGAGCUACACAAAGGUGGACAGAACCAGCUUGAACAACACCCUGGAUUUAUUGAGUGGAGUGGAUAGCCGAGCAAAGCGGCUACAAGAUGCUCCAGGUCAGCCAAGAGCUGCCACUGGAGUUCAACGCCGAGAAUUCCGAUUCCGAGAGCGUUACUCUCGAUGCUGUCAUGAGACAUGCUGCGGAUAG